AUGAAACUGACGAACUCCAUUCUUCAUAGUUCAUGCCCUGCUAUGGAUUACCUCAAAACAGUAGUGCCCUCUCAACUCCUCGCCGAACGUGGAUCCCACCUCGUCGUCAUCAACCCAGGCUCAGCAAACAUAAGAAUAGGACUGGCACAGCAGGACACUCCUCUAAAUGUUCCGCAUUGCAUUGCCCGACGAACAACUCAAGUCCCCAAAAGAAGUGUUCAAGACCAGUUGCUUAAUUCCCAGGUUACAACGCCACAGCACAUGGAGCGUGAAAGGGCUUAUGAUAUUGAUUACCUCAAAACAGUAGUGCCCUCUCAACUCCUCGCCGAACGUGGAUCCCACCUCGUCGUCAUCAACCCAGGCUCAGCAAACAUAAGAAUAGGACUGGCACAACAGGACACUCCUCUAAAUGUUCCGCAUUGCAUUGCUCGACGAACAACUCAAGUCCCCAAAAGAAGUGUUCAAGACCAGUUGCUUAAUUCCCAGGUUACAACGCCACAGCACAUGGAGCGUGAAAGGGCUUAUGAUAUUAUUGCAUCACUGUUGAAAAUUCGGUUUCUAGAUGAAGAGGUGGCAAACGUUCAAUUCCCUCAAAAGAUGGGUCGUGUGGAUGCAUUUCAGCCUCAGGGUAAUAAUAAGAAAGAGACAGUCAUUCCUUGGACUGAUGUAUUUGAGAUCAGCAAUCCUUCAUCUUUGAAAACAGGAAAUUCUUCAACAAAAGAUGAAUCCGGAGAUUUUCCAUUCCAGAAGGAUGGUAAUGACAGGGGUGAGCACAGUUCAAGUCAACGUAAACAUAGGGAAUAUAUUUGCGGUGAGGAAGCUCUAAGAAUAGCACCCAGUGAACCAUAUUGCUUGCGUCGACCUAUCCGUAGAGGUCACCUAAACAUAUCUCAACAUUAUUCAAUGCAGCAGGUACUUGAAGAUCUGCAUGCUAUUUGGGAUUGGAUUUUGAUUGAGAAGCUGCACAUCCCUCAUAGUGAAAGAAAUAAGUAUUCAGCUAUUCUUGUCGUCCCUGAGACAUUUGAUAAUCGUGAAAUAAAAGAAGUACUAUCAAUCGUGUUGCGGGACUUGUGUUUCAGCACAGCAGUGGUCCACCAGGAAGGUCUUGCCGCAGUUUUUGGGAAUGGCUUAUCAACUGCAUGUGUUGUGAAUAUAGGUGCUCAGGUGACAUCAGUGAUCUGCAUUGAGGAUGGAGUGACUCUACCUACGACACAGAUUACUCUAUGCUUUGGUGGAGAGGAUCUAUCUCGAUGUCUUCUCUGGACUCAAAGACAUCAUCAAACAUGGCCACCAAUACGUACUGAUGCUCUGACAAAGCCCAUAGACUAUCUGAUGCUGAACAGACUUAAAGAGUCCUUCUGCCAAAUAACAGAGGGAGAAGUUGAAGCUGUUGCUACAGUUCAUUCAUACGAAGAUGGCGUUCCACCUGGCUCUCAUAAAACAAGAUUGACUGCUCUUAAUGUUCCUCCUAUGGGUUUGUUCUACCCGAUGCUUUUGGUUCCAGAUGUGUAUCCUCCACCACCCCGUUCUUGGUUUAAUGAUUAUGAGGAUAUGCUGGAUGAGACUUGGGACUUUCCUAGAAGAACUGACAUGUCUGAUGGCAACUUUCCUGGCAGCAGUGGAUAUUUCCCUAUGUGGGAAAACUACCCAAUAUUUCAAACAAAGCCAAAGAAAGAGGAUAAUAUUGGUCUUGCAGAUGCUAUUACGAAGAGUAUUCUUUCAACAGGGCGUAUAGACCUACAGAGAAGGUUGUUCUGUAGCAUGCAACUGAUAGGUGGAGUAGCUUUGACUGCAGGUCUUGUUCCUGCUGUGGAAGAGAGAGUAUUGCACGCAAUUCCUUCACAUGAAGCUAUAGAUACUGUAGAGGUUCUGCAAUCAAGAACAAAUCCGACUUUUGUAGCAUGGAAAGGUGGAGCAAUACUUGGCAUUCUUGAUUUUACACUACAGAGACUCUUAUUUUCUCCAAGCGCAAUCCAUGUGCUACAUAAAUUCAUAACAGAAUCGGAAGAGUGCUUGCAUAACUGCUGCUGGUGA